AUGGAUCAGAUGGUGGCGAUGCAGCUGGGUUGGGAGGAGAGGGUGGCGAUGUUCAACCCUUCAGUGGAGAUUAACUUUGACACGAGUGGCGAGCCUCCCUCAUCUAGUCGUACCACUGAUGUCGUUCCAGAGCCAGAGCCAGAGCCAGCCAUUACGGAUGCUCCAUCGACUGAGUCCUGA